AUGCAUGUUAUGAAUUGUGUCUCCUUGGUCAGCGAUAAAGAAAAUGGGACUACCACUGCGGCAGCCGGAUUCAUGAUCGGGCAGACAGCACCACCACCCCCUCCUCCACUUCCUCCUCCCCCGCCUCCACCAUGUCCGUAUUCAGGGGAGGGGUUUCCUCCCUCUCCUCCUCCUCCCCCCCCACUUCCGCUCCCCGGGGGGCCUCUGCUCCCACCUCCCCCUCCAGGACUACCCCCAGCUUCUCCCAUGAAUGGCUACAGCCACCUUGGUAAGAAAAAGCGGAUGAGAAGCUUUUUUUGGAAGACCAUUCCAGAGGAGCAAGUCCGCGGCAAAACCAAUAUCUGGACUUUGGCUGCCAGGCAGCAGCAUCACUACCAAAUUGAUACAAAGACCAUCGAGGAACUCUUUGGGCAGCAAGAAGAUACUACUACCAAGUCUUCCCUUUCUAGGAGAGGAGGGACUUUAAAUUCAUCCUUCAGGGAUGUUAGGGAAGAGAUUACUGUCUUGGAUGCAAAACGGAGCAUGAACAUUGGGAUAUUUCUUAAGCAAUUUAAGAAGUCUCCUCAGUCCAUUGUAGAAGAUAUUCAUCAAGGAAAGAGUGAGCAUUAUGGAUCAGAGACCUUGCGAGAAUUUCUUAAGCUUUUGCCGGAGUCAGAGGAGAUAAAGAAAUUGAAAACAUUUAGUGGAGAUGUGUCCAAGCUGUCCCUGGCGGACUCCUUUCUACACCACUUGAUUCAGGUGCCAAACUAUUCGCUCCGGAUUGAAGCCAUGGUGCUAAAGAAGGAAUUUUUACCUUCUUGUUCUUCUCUGUACACAGACAUAACAAUUCUGAGAACUGCUACAAAAGAGCUGAUGUUGUGUGAGGAGCUACAUUCGAUAUUACACUUGGUGCUACAGGCGGGAAAUAUCAUGAAUGCAGGAGGGUAUGCUGGCAAUGCAGUAGGAUUUAAACUGUCUUCUUUGCUCAAAUUGGCAGACACAAAAGCAAACAAACCUGGGAUGAAUCUUCUGCACUUUGUUGCACAGGAAGCCCAAAAGAAAGAUGCCAUUCUUCUAAACUUUUCUGAAAAAUUGCAUCACGUUCAGGAGGCUGCUAGAUUAUCUCUGGAUAACACGGAGGCAGAACUGCACUCGCUCUUUAACAGGACGAGAUCUCUGAGGGAAAACAUUCAGCUGGAUGGUGAACUUUGUCAGCAGAUGGAAGAUUUCCUUCAGUUUGCUGUGGAAAAGCUGACAGAACUGGAGCGCUGGAAACGAGAGCUCCAGGGCGAGGCCCACACCCUUAUAGAUUUUUUCUGCGAAGACAAAGAAACCAUGAAACUGGACGAGUGCCUUCAGAUAUUUAGAGACUUCUGUAUCAAAUUCAACAAAGCCGUUCAGGACAACCAUGACCGGGCGGUGCAGGAGCUGAGGCGGCUGCAGCGGCUAAAGGAGCUGGAGCAGAAGCGGCGCUCCUGGGCGGCUGGGGAGCUUGGGGGAUUCUGCCGGAGCAGCAGUGAGAACGACGUGGAGCAGCUGACCAAGAAGGGCGUGGAGGACCUGCCGCCCUUCCUGCAGCCCCGGCCAGUCAGCCCUUCCUACCGACCUCCUAACACUCGGCGCUCCCGCCUUUCCCUGGGCGCUUUCGCCGAUCGGGAGCUGCUGACCUUCCUGGAGAGUUCCACCGGCAGCCCCGAGGAGCCCAGCAAAUUCAAUAGCUUGCCCCGGAGCAGCCCCCGGCAGGCCCGGCCCACACUGGCCUGGAUGGAACCUGGGGACCCGAGAGCCCAGGACCCCAGCCAAGCACCUAGACCUCAGGCCUCAGAGGGCCAGGUGGGGGCCUCCGAGCCACCCUCAUCUUGGCAGAGCCAGCAGCCCCCGGCCCCCAGGCCUGAGGACCCUGCGCCCCCCUUCCCCCGAGUUCGGCACAGUGGGGUGGGCAUCCUCCGAAAGAGGAAUAGCGAGCCUGUGGGCCUGGGCCCAACCCGGUCCCCUCCACUCUCGCCAUUGGCUCUGGGGAUUAAGGAGCACGAGCUGGUGACAGGGCUGGCUCAGUUCGACCUCCAGGGAUCCAAGGGCCCAGAGGAGGUGCCCCGGUUGACCCUGAAUAAUGACCUCAGCCCCAUGGAGCCAGUGUCUCUGGGGGAUGGGAGCGUGCAGUCCCUCGGUGCCAGCCACAGCAGCCUGAUGCCUGUGGGCACAGGGGCCCGGGGUGGUCUCAGCCCAGCCCUGGAGGGGGACGGGGCCGCCCCUGAGGAACCCAGUGGCAAGGCUCUAGUAUCUGUGGGCAGCAGCGACCCCGAGAGCAAAGACCCCGGGCCUCUGUUCUACAUCUCUGAUGCCACCGACUGCUCGCUGACCCUGGACUCCUCGGAGCCGGGGGAGGGGGGCGGAGGGGAUGGCUCCCUGUCCUCUGGGGUUGGGGAGACAGGCAGCCAGGUCUCCUCUCACCCCACUUCCAGCCCCCUUGGGGAGGCUUCUGCUCCGGUCUCUGGGAAGAGCCAGCCCUCCUGCAAGGACGGCCUUCCCCGGGACAGACCCGCCAAAGGGAAGGAUGCGACAGCACCGAAGAGAAGCGCCCUCAAGGAGGUGUCGCAGGGGGCCUCCAAGCCCGCCAGUGUCCGGCGGAGCCAGGGGGCCCAGGGGGCAGCGCCCAAGCCCGUGCGGACCUUGACCGCCUCCGAGAGUGAGAGCAUGCGCAAAGUCGUGCCCAUCUCCAGAAGCCGGGGCGCGGUGGGCUGGAAGCGGCCCACUCGGGAGGCCCCCAGCAGCACAGACCCGCCGUGGUCGCGCCGGAGCUCCGUGCGGGGGACCUCGGACGUGUCGCCCAAGCGGUCCUCAAUGGGGGCUGUGGCGGGGGCCACGGUGGCGGAGGAGCAGAGGCUGGGUAGGGUAAGCGGCGGCUCCGGCAGCGCCAGGUCAGGGAAGGAGCCUCCCCUGCAGCCGAGGGGUUCUCUCAAGAAGCCCAGCGCCAAGCCCCUCAGGAACGUCCCCAGACAGAAGCCCGAUGAAAACAAGGUCUGCCGCUCCAACUCCCAGGAUCCUGAGAGCCCCGAAGAGGAGCCCAAGGCCCCGCAGGCCCCCAGCAUCCCCCGUGUCCCGCCUCCCGUGCCGAGCUUUGCCCGAAACACGGUUGCCUCCUCCUCUCGGUUCACGAGAACGGAUUCCUCUCCUGUGGCCAAAACCCCCGGCAUCACUCGGACUGUUUCCCAGCGUCAGCUGAGGCCAAAGGGUGGCCCUGAGGAUGCUGCCCCUAAGGACAGCAGCACCCUGCGGCGGGCCAGUAGCGCCCGGACCCCCAAAAAGUGUCCAGAGUCUGCUGGGGCUCCCAGUGCCAACACGGAGGCCCCUGUGAAGGGCCGAGGGGCUGGGGAAAGGGCCUCCCUCAGACUGAAAAACUCUGAUCGGACCACGCUAGGGAAAAUGCUCGAUCCGUUACGGAAGUGA